UAUGAUGAUGAUGAUGAUGGCAGAAUGACAAUCCUCCUUACUUCAUUGAAAGGUCCACACACUAAAUUGGAGACACUAAGGCUAAACAGAUGUUCCCUGACCAAGAAAUGUUGUGAAGUGUUGGCAUCAGCUCUCAAGGCAAGCCUCUCUUCCCUGACAAAACUGGACCUGAGUCACGAUGACCUGCACGAUACAUGAGUGAAAUGGCUCUCCACUGGUCUGCAGAAUCCAAACUGUAAACUAGAGAUACUAAGGCUAUCAUUCUGUGGCGUGACAGAGGAGGACUGUAAUUAUUUGGCAUCAGCUCUGAGGUCCAACCCCUCCCAUCUAAGAGAGCUGGACCUGAGCUUCAAUCACCCAGGAGAAUCAGGCUUGAAGGUUCUUUCAGCUAGACUGGAGGAUCCACACUGUAGACUGGAGAAACUCAACGUGGACCAUAAUGAAGAGUUCUGGGUGAAACCACGGCUAUUUAGGAAGUAUGCUUGCAAGCUCACACUGGACCCAGACACAGCACACAGAUGCCUCUCUCCCUCUGAGAGGACCAAACAGGUGAGGUGUGUGUGUGUGUGUACCCGCUCAUUCAACAGGCACUGUGGUCCGAGGUACACUGCCAAUUUUAGGACAGCCUCGGCCUCAAGCCUCACUGAGGAUGCAGCAUCACAUGGCCUUACACAGCCCACUGUUUUUCUGUCACUGUUCUCUCUGGAUGGUGCUGUGGAAGGUCCUGUGGAAGGUGCUGUGGAAGGUGCUGUGGAUGAAGAGCGAUCCAGUCCCCUCAACUUUCCCUUUAUUCGGCUUUCGCUUUGUCACGGCUCGACCAAGGUCACGGCUGUGGUCCGGUGGUGGUCAGGGAGGACCCACACGGGUACAGAUGCUCUCAAUCAGGUCCUCCAGACCAUGGCUGUAAGGGAUAGUACCUCACAGAAGGGCGAUGAGUAG